AUGCAGAACACUGUGCGCGACCCCACGAACACAAACCAAAUCACAAUCUCCGACAAGAUGGGAUUGCUUGAAGACGCGCGAAGACUCGCCAACACCUACGGACCAGAGGCGGCGCGACAUGUAGCAUCUGCUGCAGACAAGGCAUGGGCACACGGUAGCGCUUUCGGCCAAGAGGUAGCAAAGCGUGCUGGCCCAGUCGCCUCAGACGCCAAAACCCAUCUAGCGAAGCUCAGUAAAGAGGCCGGCAAGCACGCUGCCCCCAUUGCCGGAAGUGCUUCAAAGCAUGCUAUGAUACUCGCCCGAUCCGCCUACAAUAGCGGUAAACAGGGUCUACACGCCCUACCUCAACUCCCAGACGGAUACAUCAACAAGGAAUACGACUGGAAGUUCAUCGGACAGUUUGGAGAGGACAUGGCGAACCAUCUUGGUACUACAGCGGGCGACUUCUGGGACAAGCUAAGCAGCGGCGACAUCAUGCACGACAUUGGCCAGUCUGCUCUUCCGAAGAUUGAGUUCACCAAGGAAGAUCUCUCGGGGUUCAGCGAGAGGCUCAAAGCAUGGAUUCUCGCCAACCCCAAAAAGUUCUCCACGUUGCUGGCAUGUAUCGCUUCAGGCCCCAUCGCUCUUGCUGUCACACCAGCCACGCUGGGCCUUAUCGGAUUCACACCCAUCGGUAUCGCUGCCGGUACGUAUCAACCACCCAUUGUGUCUCCAGAUUGA